AUGUCCGCCCCGUACCCAGGCCGUCAAUCUCCCGAACCCGAAACCCAGACCGGCGCCCAGCUGCAGGAUCCUCCAUCCUGGGGUAGAACAGACCCCGAGUACCGUGGUGCUCCUCGACAUUCGCAGGAUGAGUCGGAGGAAACCAAGUCAAAGUUAGAAAGUAACCCGCCGCCUUCCCGCUACGAGCAGAUCGAGGAGAGCAACUAUAUUUCAUGA